AUGCAACUUGAGGCUUUGGCUAAUGAAACUAACUGGUUUGGUCCUGGAAGUAGGAUCAUCAUAACCACGGAAGAUCAAGAGCUUUUGGAGCAACAUGAUAUCAACAAUACAUAUCAUGUGGAUUUUCCAACCAACGAGGAAGCUCGUAAGAUCUUUUGUAGAUAUGCUUUUAGACGAAGCUUAGCACCAUAUGGUUUUGAAAAGCUUGUUGAGAGAGUAAUAGAGCUUUGCGGUAACCUUCCUUUGGGUCUGCGUGUCAUGGGCUCAACUUUACGUGGAAAAAGAGAAGAUGAUUGGGAAGGUUUAUUGCGAAGUUUGUGA